AUCAUAAUUCUAGACAUGUUAUGACGCCCUUAUCACCUAGUGUGCAUUUGUAUCCCACUUUACAUGAUAGAGAUAUUCUCAAUCAAAAGGAAUAUGCUAGUAUCAUUGGUAGUUUACGGUAUCUUACUGAUUGCACUAGACCUGAUAUUUCUUAUGCAGUUGGAAUGUUAGGGAGAUUUACUAGCAAGCCUAAUUCCUUUCAUUGGGAGUGUAUUAAACACUUAAUGGGAUAUUUAUGUGCUACCAAAAAUUAUGGUUUAUGUUAUCAAAGAUACCCUGCUAUACUUGAAGGAUUUUGUGAUGCUGAUUGGAAUACCUUGUUAGGUGAUUCUUUAUCUGUUUCAGGGUAUAUUUUUAAGAUUGGUGGUGGUGCUGUGAGUUGGAAAUCUAAAAAACAACAAAUAAUUGCAAAGUCAACUAUGGAGGCAGAGAUGAUAUCAUUAGCACUAGCUUCUGAAGAAGCUAGUUGGCUAAGAGAUUUGUUGUUUGAAAUUCCUCUAUGGGAAAAACCAGUGCCUCCUAUACUCAUUCACUGUGAUAGUACUACUGCCAUUUAUAAGGUGAAUAACCGUUUUUAUAACCGUUUUUAUAACGGUAAAUCUAGAUCUAUUCGAAGGAAACAUAGUAUUGUGAGGUCCUACUUGGACAAUGGGACAAUCCACGUGGAUUAUAUACCAUCAAGUGAAAAUAUUGCUGAUCCAUUUACAAAAGCUCUGGCCAGAGAGAAGAUUUGGAUUACAUCGAGGGGAAUGGGAUUGAAGCCCAAAGAAUGUGGAACUUCCUAUGAGGAUACCUAACCCAAUUCUUGAGAAUUUGGGUUUCGAAUGGGAAAACGAAUCAUAGAGAGGUCGUUGUUGAAAGAUGCAUAAUAAAAUACAUAUAUAUAUUUCCAUUCCCAAGAUGUAGAUGCAUCUAUCCCAUAACGUAUGUGAGGGUUGAGUGUUAUACACUCUUAAUGAAAUUUGUAGCUCACU